CACCAAUAAUUAAACAUUCUAUAACAUCAAUAUCGGCAAAUUGUUGAUAGUACCAUACCAAUCACGUGAUAACCACCAUCAACUCCGGAGAAUCACCGCAAUCACCCUUCAUCCCCAGACAAUCCAACCCCACCACUUUCACGAUAUAUCCAAACUACACCAUACAAAAAUCCAAAAUGUCAUACUACUUCACCAUUCUCUCUCCCGCCGACGCCCCCCUCUUCAACAUCGCCUUUGGCACCUCCAAAAGCGGCGGAGAUGGCAUUGCCCGCUUCCGCUUCCCAGACACCGCACAGUAUAUGAACCAGUUUAUUAUCCACGCUAGUUUGGACAUUGUCGAGGAAGCGCAGUGGACGAAUGGGAAUAUGUAUCUCAAACACGUCGACACCUACCCCCCAGCCUCAGCGUACAUCUCCGCCUUCCUCACCCCCUCCGGAACCCGGUUUUUGCUCCUCCAUCAACCCCCACAGCUCCCUUCCACUGCGUCGACGGGCGCAUCGUCGCUGCUGGGCUCGUCUUUCUCUGCUUCUGCGUCUUCGCGUGCUUCGUCGAGUUCCAUCGCGGCGAACCCGACCUCCCCGCAGACGGAGGAGGCUGUGCGCCAGUUCAUGAAUGAGGUGUAUGAGAAUUAUGUCAAGACAGUCAUGAGUCCGUUUUAUCGGCAGGGGUUGGAGAUUCGGAGUCCCGUUUUCCGGUCCAAGGUGACUGCUGCUGGGAGGAAGUGGCUAUAA